UGGCGGGCAGGCGGUGACGUGCGGCACUUCGGGGCCGAGGUCGGGGCCGCCGCUGGUAGGCACGCCUGGUUUCUGACUCGGGGCGUCCGGGUGACGGGGCUCCGGCGUGGGUGCCACUUGCCCUUCCCCGGCUCAGCCGGGUCACGUGGGCCCGCCGGGUGAGCGCUAACCUCGCGGAGCGCUCGCCGCGUGGCAGGUAGUCGGUUGAGGAUCGUGCGAUCGUUACCUCGUUCGGCGUAUCCUGAGUCGACUCUAAAAGGCUGCCCUCUUCCGAGCUGUGCCAAGGUUGCAGGGGCCAACUGCCUGGGGAAGGCCUCUCCAUGGGCUGUGGUUCUGCAGUGGGCAGGAGGAUCCCAAGAGGUGGGUGGGGAGCAGGUCUCCCACCUUGAAGGAGAAACCACCAAGUGCAGAGCACGAGAAAUUCCAGAUGGUCUACCGCUUUAAUGCCAUCAGAGCCUUUGGGUAUGUGUCUCGACUGAAGGUGGCCCAGACAGCCCUGACGGUGGUGGCCCUGCCACCUGGCUUCUACUGGUACUCCCAGGGCCUCAUGACUUUGAACUCACUGUGCCUCCUGAGCGGGAUAGCUGGCUUUGCCCUGGCCAUGCUGUGCUGGAUGAGCCAUUUCUUCCGGAGACUGGUGGGCAUCCUGUAUGUGAAUGAGUCGGGCACCAUGCUGAGGGUGGCCCACCUGACCUUCUGGGGCUGGCGGCAGGACACGUACUGUCCUGUGGCAGAUGUGAUGCCCCUGACCGAAACCAAGGACCGGCCCCAGGACCUGUUCGUACGUAUCCAGCAGUACAGCGGAAAGCAGACCUUCUAUCUCACCCUGCGCCACGGACGCAUCCUGGACAGAGAGCGUUUUACGCAGGUGUUUGGGACACUGGACAGUCUCAAGUGAUCAGCUUGGAUCUGGACCCUGGGUACCCUCUGCCACCUGGAUCUCUGAUGGGAAGGCUGAAGGUUUGGGCACAGCUGGCACAGGGGAUUCCCUAGGACCCCUGGAAACUUGUCUUUUGAAUGAAGAAAUUUAUGAAGUGGAAAGUAGUGACCAGGUUUACGAAAAAGGCCCUCAGUGCAGAGUCUUCCUGUACCUGACAUUCAUUCAGAUAAUGGCCAGAGUUUCUGUUAAAAAGGCAACUGUUGGAGGAAGCUGUGCCAGGCCACUUGGCCUGCAGCUACAAAACUGGAAGCCCAAGAGGCAUGGCAAGGGGCACAGGAUCUGGAGUUAAGAGACUUGAGUGCUGCCAGUUCUCAGCUCCUGGUCUGGGCAGCAGAUUGACUUCCUGUGAUUUCACAUAUUUAAAACAGAUGGGACUCUUCUCUGUCUCAUGGGAUAAAUGUGAGAGUAACAGUGUGGGCUGUGGGCUGAAACUCAGUGGUGGAGCACUUGUCUAGCAUGUGUGCGACCCUGGCUUCAAUCUGUAGAACAAACAAACCAAUAAAUGCCAAGUACUUUGCAAACGCAGUAGCCCAGAGCAAAUAUGAAGCCUUUGAUCACAGGUUACAGCCUGGAGAGAGCCUCGCGGGCAGUGGGGAUUUCCAGGGCCUGUGCUGAGACCCCACACAGUCAGCAGAGGGUGGUGAAGCCUUGAGUGGACUGGUCAGUGCACGCUUGGGUGUCGUUCACUGGACCAUGAUGCCUGUGCUAAGGUUUCCUUCUCCGCCCAGAGGAACUCUCCACUGGCAUGGUAUUUAAUAAAUAAAAGCAUUACAGGCAUUACUCCAUAAUUAAUGAUGUGUUUAUUACAUAGUUCAUAAUGAUAAAGUGGAAGGAAGCCUUGGUCUUUAUAACUUGGUCCCUCAGAAGUCAUUAGCUAAAUGUUUUGUAGCCUUUCAAUCUUUUUUAAGUUAUAAUAACAUGUACAUUAACAAAUUUGUUCUUUUAACCAUUUUAAAAUGUACAGUUCGAGACAUGAAAUACAUUUACAGCUGGGCUUGGUGGCACACACCUAUAAUCCCAGCAACUUAGGAGGCAAAGGCAAGGCAGGAAGAUCAUAAGUUCAAGGCCAGCCUUAGCAAUUUAACGAGACCCUGUCUCAAAAAAAUUUUAAAAGGUUUGGGAUGUAGCUUAGUGAUAGAGCACACUGGGGUUCAGUCCAUAGUACUGCAAAGGAAAAAAAUCACAGAUGUGUACAGCCCUCGCCACUAUUUCCAAAAUGUUUUCAUCAUCCCAAACAGAAUCUCUGUCCCCAUUCUAUCCCUGCCCCCAGGCCUUAGGCAGGCUGCUUUCUGGCUCUGCAUAUGCUGACUCUGGGUUUGAGUGGAUCAUGCAGUAUUUACCUCUUGUGUUUGGCUUCUUCAACUUGCAUAAUGUUUUUGUAUCCCAUGUUGUGUCACCCACUUUGUGGCACAAAUUCCUGUUUUAUGACUGAAUAAUAAUUCUAUUUUUCCAUCACCUGUUGAUGGGCAUUUGGAUGGUCUUCACCUUUUGGCUGCUGUGAAUAAUGCUGAGACGAACAUUGGUCUCCAAGUGUCUUGAGUCCCUGCUCGCAGUCCUUUGGGUACAUACUAAGAAGUGAUCCUAGGUGGGUGUGUUAGCUUCCCGUGGUUGAGAAAAGGUACCUGAGAUAAAUCAGCUGAGAGAGGAAAGGCUUACUUUGGCUCAGAGGUUUUAUCUUGGUUUCAGGUUUUGGUUCAAGGUCACUUGGCUGUUGUACUUUGGGCCUGUGGCAGCGGGGUACAUCGUGGUAAAAGUGCGAGGCUCCCUCCUGGGAGCCAGGAAGGGGCCAGGGUCCCAGUAUCCCCUUCAAGGACAAACCCACAGUGACCUAACUUCCUCCACUUUUCUCUUAAAGGUUCCCCCACCUCCCAGUAGCUCCGCAGGCUGACCACCAAGCCUUUAACACGUGGGCCUUUGGAGGACUGCCAAGCCAGGGCAUAUGACAAAUUUUUUCAGUACCUGCCAAACCUUUCCAUAAUGGCUGCACCAUUUUGUAUUCUUACUACUGGUGUACAAGGGGUUGCUUUCCAGGGUUUUGGUAAUAGCCAUCCUAAUAGAGUGGCAUCCCAUCGUGCUUUCAAGCUUUUAAAAACAUUAUGCUAUGCUAGAAGUUGGUCUUUGCUUCGUAUUAUAAUACAAGAGUAUAAGUAUUCAUUUAUGAAUAUUCAUUUAAAAUAUUCAGAAAUUGCAAAGUAUUGCACCGAGUGGAUGUAGCAGGUGCUUUAAACCUUUACUUUGUGUUUGUCAGUUUUUAGUUACUGUGACCAAAAUACCUGACAAGAACGAUAGGGAGGAAAAGUUCAUUUGGGGUCACAGUGUCAGAGGUUCAGUCCGUGCCCAGCCGACUCCAUUGCUCUGCACCUGAGGUGAGGCGGGAGGGCGUGGUGGAGAAAGCCUCUCCUCAGUGGCGUCUGGGAAGCAGAGCUCGGAGCCAGGGACAACUGGAAAGCCCAGGGGCGGCCCCCAGUGGCCUGUCUUCCCCCCGCGUGCCCCACCUACCUGCAGUUACCACUGGUUAGUCCUUUCAACUUCCUGACCCAUCAAAUGGAUCAGUCCACUAGCUUACAGCUCUUGUGAUUUAAUCAUUUCACCUCCCCCAGUAUUAACACGAGCUUUUGGGGGGCAUCUCAUAUCUAAACCGUAACUAGGUCAUUCUCAUUUUUUUCAUUAAUAAGAAUGUGGAAAUGAAAAGUUGGACUCAAUUCAUGUACAAUGAAUCAGAAUGCAUUCUGUUGUCAUGUACAACUAAUUAGAACUAAUAACAAGUAAAUUAAAAAGAAUGUUGUAUUCUUCCUCUGUGGACUGAAAAUGGUAUUUUGAGAAAAAUGACUUUUCUUUUUUUCAUAUAUUGCAGUGCUGUGGAUUGAACCCAGGGCCUCCGGUGGGCUAGGCAAGUGCUCUACCAUGGAGCCACAUCACCAGCCCAAGAGUGG